AUAAAAGAGGAGCUCUUGAUCCAAAAAAAAAAAAAAAAAGCCCCCAAAUCCUAAGAAAUAAGAACCCUAAAAAUUCAAUUUGAAAUCAAAAAUUGAAUCUUUGAUAUCUUUAGCGGAAAGGAAACAAAUGGCGGAGGGAGAAGAACAGCAGCAGGAGAUGCCGAGGGAUGCGAAGAUCGUGAAAUCGCUGCUGAAAUCAAUGGGGGUGGAAGAAUACGAGCCUCGGGUCAUACAUCAGUUCUUGGAGCUCUGGUACAGAUACGUUGUGGAUGUACUCACCGACGCCCAGGUUUACUCCGAGCACGCCGGAAAGUCCGUCAUUGAUUCCGACGAUGUUAAGCUCGCUAUUCAAUCUAAAGUCAAUUUCAGCUUCUCUCAGCCCCCUCCUCGUGAGGUCCUGCUUGAGUUGGCUAGAAGCAGAAACAAGAUCCCUUUACCAAAAACUAUCAAUCCGACUGGAAUUCCACUCCCUCCGGAACAGGACACCUUGAUUAGUCCCAACUACCAAUUUGCUCUCAGAAAGACUCAAACUAAGCAACAGGUUGAAGAAACAGAGGAUGACGAAGACACUUCUGAUCCCAAUCCCAACCCAAACCCAAACUCCAACCCCAACCCUUCCCAAGAACAGAGGUCAGAUGUUCCUCAAGGCACUCCGCAACGCGUAUCCUUUCCUCUUGGACCCAAAUGAGCAAGAUGAUGGCUUCUGAUCUUCCCCUGCCGUUUAGAUAUCCAAUUCCUUGGAUCAUGAAAGUACACCAGAGAAAACAUAUUCUGAUUUGUAUAUAGUUUUUCCUGGCAGUUAAGUUCUGAGUGAGAUUUAGUCUAUUUCUUGGGAUUAAGCCCACCCCCCGGGGCUGUAAUAGUCUAAAUUUUAUACUUGUUAAUGUGCAUGUACCUACGAAAUAAUAAAAUAGUGAGUUCAACAAAAUAUGAAUUUGGUUUAUUAAACAUGAUUUUUUCUUUUCUCCUUGCGCUCUAAUGGACAGUCGGCCCCUCGAAUGUCACGAGCUGGUUCCGCCAUUGGAUCACUCAGUUCAUCAACCAAUGAUUUUUAACUUGAAAUUCAUAACAG